CUAGAAUGUGUAGGCAGCUGGGCGGAGCCUAAGCUGAGUCCUCUCCUGUGAAGUCAGCUGGAUGUAGCAAGCCUGGUGGAGGAAGAGCUUCCUGUGUCUAAAGAUGGAUUUUAAAAUUGAACACACUUGGGAUGGUUCUCCAGUGACGCAUGAACCAGUGUUUGUCAGGCUGAACCCAGGUGAUGGAGGAGUGAUGUUGAAAGUUAGUGCUCCAUUUUUCAAUGAUCCUCCAGCCCCGCUUGGAGAACCAGGAAAGCCUUUCAAGGGACUGUGGGAUUAUGAAGUUGUAGAAGCAUUUUUCUUGAAUGACAUAACUGAACAGUACUUAGAAGUUGAACUUUGCCCCCAUGGACAACAUUUGGUGCUUUUAUUAUCUGGAAGAAGAAAUGUGUGGAAACAAGAACUUGCUCUAUCAUUCGAAGUGUCCAGAGGAGAGACAAAAUGGGAAGGCAGAGCUUAUCUUCCUUGGAGUUAUUUUCCACCAAACGUGACAAAAUUCAAUUCAUUUGCAAUUCAUGGAUCUAAAGAUAAAAGAAUCUAUGAAGCUCUUUACCCUGUACCUCAGCAUGAACUGCAACCAGGACAAAAACCUGAUUUAGCUGACUGGCCAGAGACAUUCAGAUUCAAAGGGUUAAUAAAUUCUUUCCCUUGCUGCUUGAGAAUAUCACCUGUGGACUUAUUACAAGAGAUAUUGGCCCCUGUGGGCACCAGGCAUGUAAGCCCAGGUAUCUCCUACACUUGCCCAAUUUGAGUCGUAUCUCUUUGA